AUGUCUUGCAACGACCCAACCAACAAGUUAAGGCUCUUCGAGAAACGCCAACUCGCAUCCAUUUUACACAGUGGUAUCACAGUUGACAGCAAAGCCUGUGACCCGUGGACGAGAACGAGUCUAUCCCUAAAUUUACUUUCUUCGAGGACAAUACUAUGGAAAAAGACCUGCCACCUCCACCGGAAGCUCAAGGCUGAGCUAGGCGAGUUCAUACUUAACUUGAUUAAAUACGAAGUUGGAGACAGGGUAAAGAGCUAUGCCGAACAGCGCAAGAGACUUAGGGAGUCAGAAAAAUACCUCGUGAAUUACCUACAACAGCUAAACAACAUGUGGAAGAAGGAUGCCAGUUUUGUCAAUGAAUCCCACGAGCCGAUUAAGGGAUGGUUUUAUCAAGAGAAUCGGUGUGACGCGUGCAUGGUUGGUCGGGUGGCACGGGAUGCUACCGCUUUAGGGAAUCUUCUCGCGUUUCUAGAAGCCCGUGCCCCUCCGCGCGAGGAUGUAUCACCGCCGAGACUGCUAGUUUGGAUGAAAAUGUUUUCGUAUUGCCAUAAAUGCCUGCGGCCACCGCCGGAGCAGGUACCGGAGCAGAGACGCCAACCAUAUUGGGCGGAGGCGACGAUGGCUACAAUUGACAGAUGGCAUCAUCUUGGGGCGUCUCCUACGUCACCUACACAUAAAAAUGAAUCAGGUCAUGAUCUGGGUUGCUAUACUCCCGCAAAGAUAAGUCCGCCGCUGGCCGUGGGCCGUAUGGAAAAUGAUGUCAAACGGCUUGGCCGUGCUCUCCAGCAGCCCGCCAGGGACCAGCUCCCUGACAGGUCUUCUUCAAAUAUUUCCAAUUCCUCCAUCCCCGACCUCAGCCGCAACUAUCAUAGCACGAGUGAUCAUUUUACAAUAAGCCGCCCAUGGACGCCGAACGAAGAACCAUACCCCCGUGGUUAUGACCAACGGGGCAAUCCUCCAUAUCCAGACACACAAGCGCAACAAUCCCGGCGCCACUCAGUCGCAUCUGUUUCAUCAAACUACAGCCUCUCACCCCCCUCUACCCCAUCUACAGAGCAGAUCAGCGCAAGCGGCUAUAAUGAUGCGUCGUUGCUGCCUGUUACUCACGUUGUCCGUACUGCUGCAGCCACAGUGACAGCCGCCAUGCAUACCUGUAUGGACACAAGAGAACAUGGAAGCAAUGGCAAUUUCGAUACUGAAAUGCAAUGUAAACUAGGUCUUGAUUCCAAUGCUGGUACGGAUAGCAAUGCCUAUAUAAGCCACUCAGGAGACGGAGGGAGAUCUAACUCUUUCCCGCCAACCGGUGUGACGAAAACGACCCAAGAUGUGGAAGAUGAUUCCCCACGGACACCAUACGAUUCGGAUUCGGUGUGGGACGACGAACCGGUUACCGAUAGUGAUGAACGUGAUUCUCAUCAUAGUGAUGAAGAUGGGGAUGGGGAUAGCCGUAGUGCCUGUUAUGAUGUUGCUAAUUGUAGACCAUGGGAUUUAGAUUCAAAACGGCUAGGCCCGAGUGAAGAAGCAAGAGGAUUGUUGCCGCCCAAGAAUACAACAUCGAGGGCCUCGGGAUUCACUACGUGGAAUAGGUUAAUUGAGGACCGGGCAAAAGAGUGGAAGGAUAUUGCUCCUCGGGCUCGUUGA